AUGUUCACCUUUAUUGUUUCAGGAAAGUUCGAUGAAUUGGUCAAAUAUUUUGAUAAUCAACCAAGUUUAUCGGUAUUGUAUGAAAAUGUAAAAAAUAUUGAUAAAAAUUUACAAAAAUAUUCAAGUGUCAGCCAUGAUGAUUUGGAAUCACCAUUGGAAAAUUUAUCAAGAAAAUUAUCAAGUUUGGAAUCGAAACUUGAUAAUUUUUUAAAUCCAGGUUUCUUAGGUAAUUCAAUUAAAUCCCUGGAAAGGAAAAUUGCUAAACUUCAAUUCAGUUUGGAUAGAUCAUUGGUAAAAAGUGAAUAUUAUUCGAUGAAACCAUCUAGCGAGACUGCAAAUUACGAAAUGAAUAAUAUUCUGUUGGAAAUUGCAUCGAAAUUAAAUACACUUUACGAAAAAUCGGAAAUGGAUGAUGAUGUGACCAUAUUGGACAGACCGGAAGGAAGGAAUUUGGGAAAAUCAUGUAAAAUGCUUGCCGUUCCUUAUAAAAGAUUAUUGUUCAGCGUUGAUCAUUUGCAAAAAGCAGUCAAAGAUUUAGGAGAGAAUAAAGGUAAUGCUAUCGGUGAAGAACUUAGAAAUUCAGCCAUGUCUGAUAUAAGAGAUCGUUUGGAAAAUAUCCUCGAUGAAAUUCAACUUUUGAGACGAAGAAAUGAGAAAAAUAUUAAUGAAAAUGAAAGGAUUUUAAGACGAAUCGAUAAGAAACUCGAUUCGGAACUUGAAGAUGAUGAUGAAGAUGAUGAAAAGUUAAAAAAAUCACUUAAAAAGUACAUGGUCGAACAAAGACUUUGUGACGAUAGCGAUGAAAAUGGAUCUAAAAGUUGUGAAAAGGAAAAAAAGAAAGCAAAUUCAAGAAGGAAAAAGAAAUCUAAAUAUGCUAAUUUUUCGGAUGUAGACGAUGAUUAUGACAACGGUGAUUUCGAUGUGAAAAAAAAUAAAUAUGGAAAGAAAAAAGUUAAGAAAAGUAUAAAAGAAUCUGUCAUGGGUCAUGAUUUGUUCGACAAUCUUAUUGCUGAUCAACCUUAUGAAAGCCUUCCAAUAAAUUCACCUGUACUCCCACCAGAAUCAUCUCAAAAAAAAAUCCCUGAUUUUUUGACUAUUUGUUAUGGAUAUUAUUUUACAAUUCAGUAA